UGCAAAUGUACCAAUCGAAAGGUUGCGUUGCAUGUAUAGUUAACAGUCAACGGUGCAAUUACGAUUAAGGAUACAACUUUCUAAUGUGUUUGAGGCUCGAAAGUAUCUGUCUUGCAAAAAAAUAGCAUGCUAAUAAGCACAUAGGGCAAAAAAAUAUUGUCAUUUAAUUAAACCCCGUUAGCAUUUAGUUGACGCCGACAUGCGCAGAACACCAACUUGUCUCAAGGCAUGAAUCAGUCCCUGUGUGUUUUUUCUUCAGGAAACCCUGGGGAAUAUAGAGCUGGUAGUUGUAUUACCCCAGAAGUCAAGCUUUAUGGGCUUUGUAAACAGAGUAUACCAUCGAUAGUACGCAUUUUAUUUACGUAAGUUAUCCUAUUGCUAACUCAGCAAGGCGAUUCCUAUUUUUAAAAUCCCAAGGCAGCAUUUCAUUUCCACGUCCGCUUGGUGUCGCUGCACAAACAGCCUAUAGAUUGUUUUUACAUUUAAAAAAAAGGAUGAAAGGGAAACUUCACGAGCGGAAUAUGGUCGUUUUCAUUUUCUAGACUCUUUAGCCAAUAUAUCCACCCAAUGUGCUAUCCUCCUCUUUUUUUGUUACAUUUCCUCCCUGGUGCAUCUCACAGUGCGUUGUUGUUUCUUCUUAAUAAUAUCAAUUUCAUAUAAAACAUUCGGUGAUUCACGUAAUGGCACCCACGGGGACGCAAACGGAAAACCCAGCUUCGAAUGAGCUGGUAUUUCGCAAAACCUAAAACACACCAACCCAGCAAAAUAUUUGUGAAACCCAUAAAAAAACUAAAUUGAAAUUAUUAAUGUAGCCUAAAUACAAUGUAAAUGUCUUUAAAAAUAUCAAGCGUUCCAUAGCCUAAAUAAUACACUUAAUUUUCCAUUUAGUUCUUUUCGCCAUGAUUCUGUUUUUAUCUAAAACAUCGUAUUUGUCGAAACCGGUUUCAUUCUUUCAACGAAUGGUUGGGAAAUGCUAUUCAAACUAUUAUUGUAUGAGUGUGUCAAAGCUUGUGCUAAUUCAAACAGCCGAAGUUUCGGGAAGGUCAUUUCAUUUAAAUUCUCAUGUGAACCUGCCAGCCCCUCCCUCGGCAUUACAUGUACAUGCCAUGCAGCCGGUCUGAUCUCCGGUUGCUUGAUCCAUAAUGACCGCGACGCCCAGCAUGUCGGCGGACGGGAGCUCUGCGAUGGUAACGCUGGUUGAGCCGAGGAUGAGGAGCUUGGAAGAGAGGAUCGGGACUUUCCGUGACUGGCCGAGUGAUGCCCCGGUUACCGCAAUCGAGCUUGCCAAAGCUGGGUUUUACUUUAUUGGGCCCGGGGAUAAGGUGCGAUGUUUCUAUUGUGGUGGAGUGUUGAGAUACUGGGUUCGCGGUGACACCCCACUGGGUGAACAUAAGAAGCACUUUCCGACAUGCGGCUUUACACUGGGCAGAAACGUGGGAGAGAUUCAGAAUUUUUCUGAACGGGGUGCUGCUGACGGCGUGGACGGUCAGCUGGUCAGUCAGCUGCAGAGGAUGACCGUGGAUGACCAGGCUAUCCUGGGACAGGCAGCGUACCCAGACAUGGGGGCGGAGGAGUCGCGGGUUACUACUUUUCAGAACUGGCCCACCGAUUCCUCGGCCCAACCGGACGUUCUGGCAAGAGCUGGUUUCUUCUACACCGGACACGGUGACAAUGUGAAGUGCUUCUACUGUGAUGGAGGCCUGAGGAACUGGGAGCCUGGGGACGAUCCGUGGCAGGAGCACGCCAAGUGGUUUCCACGAUGCGAGUUUCUGCUUCAGGCUAGAGGACGCGAAUACGUCAGCAGCGUACAAGAGUCAUACUUCAGUAUAAGUGAAACUCUGAGUGCAUCUCCGAUAUCUACUGCAAGAGACCUCAAUUCCGGACAUGAUACACUGACCUAUCAGGGUUCCUCUGCAGCCUUGAUGACCCCAGUCAUCCACACAGUGCUACAGAUGGGGUUCGAUGCCAAUCUAGUGGAGAGUCUGGUUCAAACCAAGUAUCUGCUGACAGGUACCUGCUACACCUCGGUGUCCGACCUGGUGGCAGAUGUGCUGCAGGCAGAAGAGGAUGGGAGGAGAUCCCAGCAGGCCAGAGAUCCUGGGGUGAAUCAAGGACGUAGCGCUGGACGGGAGAGGAUUCAGACCCAGGCCAGAGAUAAAGCAGCGGGGGAGCUGAGCGCCGAGGAGCAGCUGAGACAGCUGCAGGAGGAGCGCACCUGCAAGGUCUGCAUGGACAAGCUGGUGUCUAUGGUCUUCAUACCCUGUGGACACCUUGUGGUCUGCACGGACUGCGCAGCCAGUCUGCGAAACUGCCCCAUCUGCCGUGCCAUCAUCCGGGGCAGCGUCCGCGCAUUUAUGACCUGACGGGCCUUUCCAGGAAGGCAGUACCAGGGUCAUCACCAGGUGUUGGAACAUUUCUGAUGAAGAAUGAACUCAUGGCUAGAAAACAGGAGAUGAAUUUGAAGGGAUUGUUCCACUAACUGGACGCCUGAGCUUCUGAUGUGGAUCGAACUGUCACAUGUUGAGUUUGAGUGUUUCCAGGACACCAGAGAAUUCCAGUCUUUCACUCCCCCCCCCCCCCCCCCAAGCAUAACAGAAACUAAAAUGACCUGCCUGAUAAUAUAGACAUUAUUUUGUUGCUGAAAUCCACAUUAUAUUUAUAAACAUUACUAAAGUAAAUGCACCAAUU